AUGAAAGGUCUUGAUAUUAUAGGGGUUCAGACGGUUAAGAAAGCUGGUUCAAGGCUCAGAAGCCGGAUUGUAGCUGAGCAAUCAAUAAGGAGAUGGUCCCAAAUGAUUGAGCAAAUGGAAGACGAAGUUUCUUCAAUUCUUCUUGAAGAAAGGGAAGAAAUGGCGCUAAGGAGAGCUAAAAUGGAGGCAAAAGUAUUAAGUUGUUCCCUAGCUAAAAUUGUUGUGCAUCUGAUUGCUCACAAAGAUGAAAUUUGUUCAAGGUCGAAAAGAACUUGGUUUGUUACAGAGAAGGAGAAAAAGCUUGUAGGUUCUGGCAAUGAGGCAAUUAGUGUUGAACAAGCAGAAGAAUUGAAGAUGAAGGAAAGAGAAACGAGAGCAAACAUUUGGCUAGGUAAAGCGAAGGAAAUUGGAGCAGCUAGAAAUAUGUUAGAGGAUGAAGAAUAUAAAUCGGAGAACAGAAAAGCAAGAAGGAGAAAACAGGAAUUUCCCUUGUUGACGUGGCUUAUCGCCGGGCGAAGGCCGCCAGAAGGGCUGAUGAGGUCGGCAAAACCUGAAGAAAUCCGUCAAGAAACCAAACCAAGGAGGAUGCCGUUAAGUGGGUUUAACGAAAUCUCUAACUCCUCCAAAAAUUGGCAAUUAGCUAAUGAAGAGAUAAAUCCUAAUCCACUCAGAGAAUUACCCCAAAUGUGA